AUGUCAGAUUUGAUCGCACUGCGUGUACAUUGUAAGGCGAUCUUGGCUCGCCACCGGGGGAAUGCUAAUGCAGAUAUGGAUUGUGUGGUUUGUCAGCAGCGGGUGCGGGGUGAAGAGAGGAAUAUGGAGCACUAUGAGAAUGUACACGGUGUGCACAUCAAACACUUUGAUAAUAUUGCAGACUUGAAGGGAUUUCUCGCACACCUGCGGGGAUUGCUGUUCCCAUCUGGUGAUGAAAGGAUUCACUGUCCAGUCUGUCAAACCGACUGCGGUGAUAAAGCCACGUGGAUGUCUCAUCUACAAGAGGAGAGCCAUAGUCAUUGGGAUGUUGAUACGAUUCCCUCAUUGGCGCCCUUUUGUGUGGCAGCAGUAGACUCCGGUGACAGUGAAGGUGAAGGUGAAGAUGAUAAUGAAGAGGAAGGACAAGACGCAGGUAGUUCUCAUAAUAAUAAUAAUAAUAAUAAUAAUAAUAAUAAUAAUAAUAAUAAUAGUAAUGAUAAUAUGAAUAAGAAUAAGAAUUAUCAUGAUGAGGCGGAGGAAAAUGAUGAGGAGGAUGAAGAUGGUGAUUGGGAUGAGGAACCUGCUCUCUGUCUUCUGUGUGAUACAUCCUCACUGGACUGUGUACAUCACAUGAUGGAAGUUCACGCCUUUGAUUUUCCCGCUGCUGUGCGGAAACAUGAUGGUGUACGGGAUGAGUAUGAUAUCAUACGAAUUGUGAAUGCCGUUCGAAAGUGUGUUGCCCGUAAUGUCUGCCCUUAUCAUUACUGUGAUGAAUCCGAUUCAGCAGAGGCGUGCCGUCAUGAUAUUUCUACAUCUUCACUCACAACACAUUUACGCAGUAAUCCACAUCACAUUCUUCCACGUUUAGUACCAAUGGGUGAUAAGGAACUUAUUCCCGUAAUUUGCGGGGAUGCGUUUAUCUCAUCUGUUGUACUUGGUGGUGAUAUUCUUUCUGAACGCAAUGAUGGUAUUAACUAUAAUGCUGAACCCGACUACCCUAUGGUACCGACUAUUUCAGAAAUAGUGAAAAUACGUGCAGCUCGGGCUGAAAACAACAACAAGAUCAUACCAGAUGGAGAACAGUGA